AUGACGGAGGCGGGGCAAAAGGCGAACUCUUGCCUAGCUUGCGUCAAUCAUGAGCACGGGCGGGGCUGGAGGACCUGGCGUCCCAACACGUCCUGUGGGGCCGGAAGUGAAGGUGCGGGUUCCACCGCGGGCUCCGAGCGGCCCCUGCCCCGGAUGGCAGCAUUAGUUCUAGCGGGAGACAUCAUGGGCCCAGAGCGUAUCUUCCCCAAUCAGACUGAGGAACUGGGGCCGCACGUGGGGUCCGCAGAAGGCACUGGGGAUUGGAGCAGUGAGGAGCACGAGGAAGAGCCGGAGGAAGCAGGGGCAGGCCCAGCUGGCUACUCCUACCAGCCCCUGAACCAAGAUCCUGAACAGGAGGAAGUGGAGUUGGCACCUGUGGGCGAUGGAGAAGAUGUAAUUGCUGACAUCCAGGAGCGGAUCCAGGCCCUGGGGCUGCAUUUGCCAGACCCUCCAUUAGAAAGUGAAGAUGAAGAGGAGGAGGGUGCUACAGCAUUGAGCAACCACAACUCUAUUCCCAUGGACCCAGAACAUGUAGAGCUGGUGAAAAGGACAAUGGCUGGAAUAAGCCUGCCUGCGCCAGGGGUUCCUGCCUGGGCUCGGGAGAUCUCAGAUGCUCAGUGGGAAGAUGUGGUACAGAAGGCCCUUCAAGCCCGGCAGGCAUCCCCAGCCUGGAAGUGACAAUGCUGAGAGCUGCCUUAUCUCACCCUGCAUUCUAGGCCAGAAGCAGCACAGGACUGGACACAUCCCUGGUUUUACCGUCCACCUCCAUCUUCUCCAUCUCUUUACAUUAAGGCAAAUCAGACUUCUCAGAGACCCACUUUAUUCAGUUCUGUACAUAUGGGGACAUCGGCCCAAGCCCCAACCCACCUUAGCAUGUAUCACUCUGUGGAGAAUAAAGCACCCUAUGUACACA